AUUUCUAGAUGUACAAUGCAAAAAUGAGCUCCUUUCUAGACUACCCUAUACUUAGCGGAGAAACUGGAGCAUGUUCUUCAAGAACGUACCUCCCAGAUCACGGAAUUACAACUUUUCAGCCUUGCGCUGUAACUGCCAGUAGCUGCAGCGAUGAUGAUCGUUACGCUGUUGGUAGAAGCGUUCAGGUGGGUCAUCCCCUUCAUCAUCAACAUCAUCAAGGUGGUGGCUAUCAACACCACGGCAACCUUGGCAUUUCGUACACUGCACUUUCCAGCUGUGGCUCUGGGUAUGGGUCGCAGGGGUUUAGCACAGGUUACCAAUACUCAUUAAAUCAGGAAGCAGAUGCCACUGGAGGAUAUUCUCACUGUGCACCCGCUGUCUUCUCUGGGAAUAUUUCAGCUUCUGUCGGUCAGCCCCAUCACAACCAGCAAGGCUAUGGAUCACGGACAAUGAGUACAGCCCAAUACAUCCAUCAUUCCUUCAGCCCAGAACAACAGAAUCUCACCCUAACUACCUGUAGUAACCAGAUACAGGCCCCUCUACAUGUCAGUCAUCAGGAACCGUGUCGUUCCCCCACAGAAGGCUCACCCCCAUCACAGACUUUUGACUGGAUGAAAAUUAAAAGAAACCCUCCAAAAACAGGAAAAGCGGGCGAAUAUGGGUACGCAGGACAUCCCAAUACAGUCCGAACAAAUUUUACCACCAAACAGCUGACCGAAUUGGAAAAAGAAUUUCAUUUCAACAAGUACCUGACUCGUGCAAGAAGGGUAGAAAUCGCGGCUGCUCUGCAACUGAAUGAAACUCAGGUAAAAAUAUGGUUUCAAAACCGUAGAAUGAAACAGAAGAAAAGAGAAAAGGAGGGUCUGGUGCUCAUUUCUCCCACAGCCUCCACAGAGAACGAACCGAAAACAGAAGAUUUGUCUGAAAAAUCUGGCAUGUCUACCCCUUCACCAGCUUCAUCUGCCUCCGAUACUGCCAAUUUGUCAAACUGAUUUCAGGAGAAAGACAAAAAAAGAUCAUAUAAAUCCAACAAUUCUGCUGAACUAACUGGAUAUAGCUGUAAGAAUUGUUUCAGUCAAGACAGCCUGCUUGUCAGUCAGCUUAGUACAGGGGCUCGAGUAAGCAUAUAAACUGCUAACAAGACUGUAUUUUGUAUAUUGACUUACAGAAUUUUCGCCAUCUUCAUACAGUGUAAAUCUGAACAAAUACAGUUAAGAGUUUCAAGGUCACCCAAGAAAAAAAGGCACUUGUGGCUAACAGGUUUACCUGUUUAACAAGUGAAGGCCAAGAAUGAAGUAGUUUCCCCUUGCAGUCCUACGACUUCUGAAUGCUUAGAACUUGUAUACAUUGUACUUACUCGAGCUAUUUAUUUUCGAUUGUGCCACAGCUUUGUUCCAACUCCUUGUGCUCUUUGGGCACAUAUGACUUAAAUAAGCACCUUUUUGUUCCAAACCUAUUACAUCAAGAUAAGGAAGUCGAGAAAUUUCCAAAAAUGCACUAUAAAACUGUUUACACAAUCUCCUAGGGUUGACUUAAUGUAAUCAGUCAGCACAUGUGAUAAUCCUACCUAGCUGUAAAUAAUUUAUGAAAGAGUUCAAAUGUACUUUUUAUGUGACUAAAGGGCAAAAUUAUAUGUGUUAUAUAGGAUAUUUUAUAAGUAAAUGCUGCUAUCCAGUUGUAAAGUUGGUGCCCUUUUCUGUAAACUGCACACACAACAAAAGAGACUGUUGACUUUUUUUUCAGAUAAACAAGUCAGAAUUUGCACUAGUUUUAAAUAUAUUCUAGCUUUAUGUAAAUUUGGAGUAAAUCAACGUACCUCACCAGUUCACAGCCCUUGACAAACGCUUUAGUUUACAGGGUCGUCAACCCCUUCUUAUUUUUAUAAUGCUAAUUGUUUAUAAAAAAAUACCUUGGCUGCUUUUUCAAGUCCUGCAUCAAAUAUGAAAACGUCUUAAUGUCAAUUAUUUGGAAUGUGUGUAUGAAACUACUGGUUCUUUGGAAGUCUGCAUGGAGCACACUGAUUUGAUGUUUAUUGCUCACUGUACACUGAGUUCUAUCAGUAUAUUUGUGGCACAAUAGCAUUUUGCACAGUCAUUGACAGUUUAGAGGUUCUGGCGAAGACAGAGUCUGUGACCAGGUUUACGGGUGUUAUUGUCUAAAAUAAAUAUGAUUUUGCUUCUGCA